UCCUCCUGUUUUCUGCGGAGCGGAGUGAAACACAAGUCAAGGUCCACGGAGAGUUUAGCUCCGGUGGAAAAGACGCGCCCACUCUUGGUUACGCUGCGCAUUUCUUAGGAGAGAAACCUGCUCGGAUCCGGACUUGGCUGCGCAUCCAGAGGAGGAGGUGCUGCUCGGGGCUUUCAUGGGGAAUACACGGAUAUUCCUCUUAUAGCAAUUCGAUAAGUAGUCGUUGAAUAAUGGCUCUUCAAAAGAUUUUCCGGGCUGUCAUCAUGGGGCCUCCUGGAUCGGGGAAAGGAACAGUGUCUGCGCGCAUAACUAAAACUUUUCGACUGAAUCACCUCUCGAGUGGGGACAUCCUGAGAGGCAACAUCAACGCUAAAACUGAGCUCGGCCUGUUGUUGAAGUCCUGCAUCGAUCAGGGUCAGCUCGUACCCGAUCACGUCAUGUCUCGUCUCAUCCUGAGUGACCUGAGAGCCAUGGGCAAGAGCAGCUGGCUGCUUGAUGGUUUCCCUCGCACAGUGUCCCAGGCGGAGGCGCUGGACGACGCCUACAGUGUGGACACAGUCAUCAACCUCAACGUUCCUUUCCAGACCAUCAAACAGAGGCUGACCUCUCGCUGGACUCACCUUCCCAGCGGCAGAGUCUACAACAUAGAUUUCAAUCCACCUAAAGUCCCAGGUUUCGAUGACGUCACAGGAGAGCCUCUGGUCCAGAGGGUUGAUGACACACCAGAGACAGUAACACGAAGACUGAAGUCCUAUGAAACCCAGACAGAGCCUGUGUUAGAGUACUACAGGAGUAAAGGUGUGCUCGAGACCUUCUCAGGGACAGAAACCAACAAGAUCUGGCCACACGUGAAAGCGUUCCUCCACAGAAAACUUCCCUCUAUUAAUCAGGAAGCUGCUUAGAAAACCUGAAGAGAAAAGACCCAGAAAGUCUUAACGUUUACCAGCGGGAAACACUCUGUACGCACUGUCCAAUCAAAGUGCCACUUUCUGUGAAACAAGAGGAGUCAUCCGUGUGGUAAUAUAACAUGAUGAGAGCAGUUUAAGUCAGGUAGGAAGGGUCCGACUCCAGAUUUCGUUGGGAUCCACUUUUGAAGUGCUUAUUGUACCACUGUUGCACUGCUUUCACAAUGUUGCUGAAAGUAGUUCAACAUACUCUCAGGACGUGUGUAUAAACUCCUUUAAACGCUAGUUGUUAGAAUUUACCCAGAUUAUAUCUCUUCUAUAAUGUGCCUUUAAAUAAGAUUUGAGUAAUAGAUCUUUCACAGUAGAACAAUAAGGUUCUUAAGAUACGUUUGCAAUAUGAUGAUGGGGACAGUUGUAAAUGUUAAAGCGUCUGUGUGUGAAGAUACAGUAUGUUCACAUUUAUAACUUUUAAGUUUCCUUGACAGCCAAGACUUCUCUCCUUAGUUGAAAAUAUUGUAGACAUAACAAAGGUGUUUAUAUCUGUUUAUGCACUAAAGGGAAAUGUGCCAUGGUCUUAUGUAAAUUAAGUGCACUCAAGUGCCUUUAGCUGCUUUUGGAAAACGUACUGGUGAAUGUGGACGACUGACUGAAUCAUGUAUUAACUGACUACACUUAUCAAGCUGUACUGACUAUUUAAAAUAAUUUAAUUUAACCUUUCAACCAUCCAAAGUCUUAAAUUGCCUCUUAAAUAACUGAUCAAGCCUGUUUAAUGUGACUUGACGAGUAAGAACCCUUAUUGAAAAAUGACUGUUCAUCCACAGUCCUGUUUAAAUGCACUGUUUCACCAUCACAGUAAUGUUAACCUGCCUUGUGUCAUGAAUUGUUCUGUAAACACUUGAAUAAAACACAU